AGCUGCAGUUCCUGCAGGCAACAGUCAUUAAGAAUCAGUGUAGAGGCUUCUAACGAUGUUGAUACGGCGGUAACUCUCUCUGCCCUGUUUUAAGGAAGCUCUAUUGAUCCUAUUCAGGAUAUGAAAUAAGGGAAGAUGAGAGACCGACUCGGCGACCUGCAGGUGCUGUCCAAGUCCUCCGAGCCGGAGGAGGGCCUCACGGAAGAUGUGGGGGAGCAGCAGGUGGUGGUGUUUGAAGAGGAGAGCACCAUGGAGGACGUCUUCAAGGAGGCGCAGGCCAUGCGCCAAGAGAUCAGCCUUCUGAAGGUCGAUGUCAAGCGGCUGGGCAAGCAGAACACGCGAUUCCUUACCUCCGUGCGGCGGAUCAGCAGCAUCAAGCGGGACUCCAACGCUAUCGCCCGCGACAUAAAGGCCCGUGGCGAAGGCAUUUACAAGCGCCUUCAAAGUAUGGAGGCCCUCAGCAAACAGCUGGAGAACAAAUAUGGCCUCCACGCUGCCCUGGUGCGCAUGGUGCGCUCCCAGUACAUCUCCCUCACCAACAGCUUUCGGGACGCCAUGUUCGAGUACAACGAGGCGGAGAUGACCCAACGGGAGAACUGCAAGACCCGCAUCCAGAGGCAGGUGGAGAUCAUGGGGAAAGAGGUCACGGGGGACCAGAUCGAGGAAAUGAUCGAGACCGGCAAGUGGAACGUGUUUUCUGAGAACUUGUUGACCGAUGGGAAAACGUCCCGCUCGGCCCUUAAUGAGAUCGAGAACCGCCACAAGGAGCUCCUGGAUUUGGAGAGCCGAAUCCGGGACAUCCAUGACCUGUUCCUACAAAUGGCCCUGCUGGUGGAGGAACAGGGCAGCAUGCUGGACAACAUUGAAAGCAAUGUGAGCCACACUCAGGACUACCUCGGGGAAGCUACUGCCCAGAUUAAGAAAGCUAUGAGGUACAAGAAAAAGAACCCUUGCAAACAGCUCUUCUGUGGCUGUUUCCCUUGCUGCAAGUGAGGCGAGGUUCAGAGCAAGGCUUACGUCACUGCCAAAGAGUUGAGAUCUAUGGAUCGUUUUUUUAAAUGAGAGAAAACCAAUAACUUCCGUAACUGUUUGUCUACUAGCUCUGUGGUGACAAGGGGAAAUCCUAAUAGACAAAGAACUGUGUGCUAUAAAUGUACCCGUAUGUGCAUUUGUAUGAAAGCACAAAUGUUCAGACUUUGUGUUGUUAGUAUUUAUGUUUCGACAGUACAAGAAACUUUGAAAAGAGCAUCUCGUCUGAUCACCGGUACAAGGAACAGGCCUUGUGUCAAACCACAGGAACUUCCAUGCAGAUUAGCUUGAAAUGCUUCGCAGCUUUUUUGUUUGUAACCCUAAUGAAGACACACACCACCGUUUAUGUUGUAUUAUGGUUUAGAACGAGUGUCACCUCCUGAUGCCUUUAUAGAAAGUACAAUAUCGGCAUUUUCUGAAUGUGUGGAAGGACAUUACUUGUGGAAGAGCACCAUGGUACCGUAAAAUGCACAGCUCACACUUUAACACCUUUUUUUGGUGUAGUUCCAUGCAUUUAUAAGAAAAAUGUCAUUAAUUGUUUUCAAAGAUUUUCUUAAAUUGACCAAACAGUUACACAGAAAAUAAUCCCUAGCAAGAUUAAAACUUGUGGUGUGUCCAUAAUCUUUAGCAAAUGUAAAGAAUGUUACUUAUUUAAUGUAUUUUAGCUUUUUUUGUAAAUAUGUAGCGAGUGGUUUUAUAAAUAUUUUGAAAUUGAGAUUAUGAG